AGGCCGUCGCUGGCGACCCACAUGGCCGCUGCUGCGGCUUCCCUCCGGAGUGAGCGGAAGGCGCGAUGCCGCUGAUCAUACUGUGCGGGCUGCCGGGGAGCGGCAAGAGCAGGCGAGCCGAAGAGCUGCGGGCCGCGCUGAGCGCCGAGGAGGAGGAGGAGGGCGGCGGCGGCGGUGGCGAGCGGCGGGUCUUCGUGCCCCUGGAGCCGCCCGACUCGCGCCACCGCUGGGACCGGCCCCUCUUCGCCGCGCCCCACGACCCCGCCCAGCCCCUGCCCCUGCCGGAGAUCCGCGCCGCCCUCUUCGAGCGCCGCCCGCCGCCCCCCAACCAGUCGACGCGCGCCCAGCCCCUCCAGCCCGCCGCCUUCCUCCACCGCCUCGACCGCCUCACCCAGGACGUGGCGGCCGCCCUCGUGGCCGCGCAGAGGGACGGCGUCCAGCCCGGCCAGGUCGUCCCGCUGGCCGUGGAGGGGCUGGGCCAGGAAUCCCCGGGCUUGCUGCUGAGCCGGCCCGUCGGCCUGCCCGAGCUGAGCCGGCUCCGGAGACAGUUUCUCAGCUACGCCAAGAUGCACCCCGGAGAAGGAGAAGAGAGUCUGCCCCGGCUGGGCAGCAUGUUCUUGCAGUACCUGAGCAGCAACUUGCAGUGAGGGGACCCGUGUCCCCGGGAUCCUGCGACUUGUCCUAUGCACAUGGAGCGUAAACUGCUGUGCUUACUUACUUAGGUCCCCAUCACACGCAGAAUUAGCAGCUGCCAGUCGGAGUUAAAAAAUACCUGGAGAAGUGCAGUUGCAAAUGGGUUUGCCACAGACCGCAGACGGCCUUCCCGUGUGAUCGCUCCAGCACGCUCCCAUUGCGUCAGUGAGCCCUCAUUGAAGCGCACCAGAAACAUGUGGCGAUGGAAAACCCCCGAUUCACCCGCCGUUGUGUCUGAUCGCGCAGGGGGGCAAAUAGCAUCGCUUCCCCCCUGCGUUAUCUGUCACGUGUGACCGCGCUUUUACUUACUUAUGUUUAUUAGCUUCUAUGACCAAAGGUAUUAAGCUCAAUUAUCAAACAUGGAUAUACAAGUUAGCCUCAAAAUAUGAACUGUGCUGAAUUAAUGAGGGAAAUGGCGAAUGGCCACUGUACUCUGUCGGGAGCACUUUGUAGCAGAGAGCGAGUAUCCAAAUAUAAGUGCCUCUAGCUUUUUGUCUUUAAUUGUUUUUUGCUUGAUCGAUGUUUGUCACUGACACACCCUGAUGUAUGGUUGCAAUGGAUAAGCGUGUAGAUAUCGACCGUUUAACAGAGUCUGGUAAAUCACUGUUCGGAGCUCCAGUGGUUUGAAAUAUGUACUAGAAAGAAGCAUACUUCUCUGUAUUUUAUUUUUUUUACUUUAUUUGUAGCCCACCUUUUUCCAGUGAGCAAAGGUGUUAAGCAGAGAGCAAACUAUGGAGUUGCUUUAGGAAGCAACUACAUCAACAUGCUGUUGAGCAUAAGAACUUAAGAGAAGCCAAUAUUGGAUCAGGCCCAUGGCCCAUCCAGUCCAACACUCUGUCA